GAGAGAGAACAGAGGAGAAGAGAGUGCAGUUGAAACGAGACGAUUUUUCCCUGAGCUUCUGGAAGAACCAACGCAAGGCUGAACGGGUGAUGGCCGUGGCGCACAGAGACCUGAAAUAAAUCAUUUAACAGAUCACUUUACACACAAAGAUUUGGAGAAGGAUGCUUGGUCUGUAGAUACCUGCGCCUGUCUGCCCUGGCUCUGGCUGCAGGUGCGCUUCAUCCUUCCUAAAGAGAGUUGCUUUGGCUGUGAAGGAAGUGAAGAGAAGAAAAGAAAACAUCCUAUGGAGAUUAAAUCUUAUCCUUUGGCUUUCAGUCACAAAGCCUACAAACUGGCGAGUUUCGUGCAUCACAAAAACAUUUGAAUCAAGCUUUGUACAUUUGCGAAAACUGACUGCCAACACUGUGUCAGAGCGCGGAUUUGCACAGGACGGCAUUGCUCUACUCCCAACUUAAACUUCUGCUUUCUCUAGACUCACUUUAUUAAUUUUUUUUUAGCAAGCCGAUGAUGGAGACAAUGCCCGGAUUAACGCGGCUGAUGUUCACCCUGCCCCGGGUCAGCGGGGAAGAGUGAGGAGAGCGGAAAGAGUGUGGAAGUAGGAGAGGAGAGGAGUCGGCUGCCGUGUCCACUUGUUCGCUGGCGCAUUUGCUGCUCGUAUUCUCAGAUCUCCUUUUUACUGGAUUCACGGACAAACAAGCAAGAGGCGCGCAGGGAGGACUGCGUUCACACCCUGGGCCUGCAAGAGGUGAUUGUCAGAAGAAAUGCCGGUCCCAGGUGCCCUAGUACAACAUCACCGGGACCAUGGCAACUCCUUGGCCAAUGAGAAAAAAGAGGUGCUUCCAUGGCUUUGCCAACCUUGCUAGAUGGUCAGCAUCCUCCUUGAUGCUCCUAUGGUUGCCUUUGGUGUUGCUAUGGCCUGCCCGAGCUGAACAAUUGGCCAGUGGGGGACAGAGUGGAAAGGCUCUUCAUGGUUCCCUGUCAUCCCCAGCAUCCUCGUCAUCCUCCUCCACCUCCUCAUCCACCUCCAGCUCCUCAGCAUGGGGCUUCAACACAAGGCAGAGUGGAGGGCAGCUGGACUGGCUGCUGUCAGAGAAAGGACCUUUUCACAGAUGCCCAGAGUACACCGAGUUCAGAGAGAGGUUCCAGCAGGGGUUUUCUACAAGAUACAAGAUUUACAGGGAGUUCAGCCACUGGAAGGUGAACAGCUUGGCCACAGAAAAGAGAGAUUUCCUCAAGGCUCCGUUGCCCUUAGCUCCAGAGUUCCUACGCAACCUGCGAUUACUGGGGCGACGGCCAACCCUGCAGCAAAUCAACGAAAACCUCAUCAAGAAGUAUGGAACCCACUUCCUGGUUUCUGCUACCUUGGGAGGGGAGGAGUCUUUGACCAUUUUCCUGGACAAGCAGAAGCUGAACAAGAAGUCGGAGGGCAACAGCAACAGCUCUGUGGUAUCUCUGGAGCUGCUUCAUCAGCUGGCUGCUUCUUAUUUCACCGAUCGGGAGAGCACCCUUAGGCGACUCCACCACCUCCAGAUUGCCACCUCUGCCAUUAAGGUAACAGAAACAAGAACAGGUCCUCUCGGCUGCAGCAACUACGACAGCUUGGACUCUGUUAGCUCGGUGUUGGUGCACAGCCCGGAAAAUAAGAUCCACCUAAAGGGUUUGCAGGAUGUCCUGCCAGAGUUCCUCCGUGGGCGUUUUGUGGAGGCGGCCCUCAGCUACGUAGCAUGUAACACAGAGGGUGAGCUUCUCUGCCGCAAUAACGACUGCUGGUGCCGGUGCUCUCCCAGAUUCCCAGAAUGCAACUGUCCUUUCACUGACAUCAAAGUCAUGGAGGAGAACCUGGAGAAGAACAAAGCAGGAUGGAACAACUUCAAUCAGGAGUUUAUGGAAUCAGAUGAAUUCAAAGCCUUCUUGAAGCAGUUGCCCACCGACCGGUUUUUGAAUAUGUCCACAAUUGCCAAGUUCUGGUCAGCUGACUUGUCCCUCCAGAAGCGUUACGCCCAGCUGGAAGCCAGCACCGCAAUGGUUUUGGGAAAGGCCCAAAAAAUUGUGAGAAAGCUCUUCACCCUGAGCAAACGCUGCCCAAAGCAACCCCGCAUCAGUCUGCCCCGAGAAAGGCCUGUUAGGUUUUGGCUGGGUACGGCUCAGUCUCUGCUCUACUGUAAUGAGCACGGAGUCCUGGGAAUGUUUUCUGAGGAGGCUAAGAGCUGUACCUGUCCUGUGGAACAGCCCACCUGCCAAGGAGCAAUCCCAUGUGUUGUGGGCACCUCUCCCAAUUCCUGUUCCCAGUGUGCCACUGACAAUGCCACCCGAUGUGGAGCCUGUCACCAUGGCAAUGUCCUCCAUCUUGGCUCCUGUCGUCCGAGCAUCGGGGCUUCCCUAGACCAUUAUCUGAACUUUGACCUGGACAUGCCUGAUGCUGAGGUGAAGUUCCUGCUUCAGCGACUGGACAGCAGAAUAGAGGUCCAUGCCAUUUACAUCAGCAACGACGUCCGCUUGGGAAGCUGGUUCAAUCCUGCCUGGAGGAAGAGGAUGUUACUUACACUCAAGAGCAACAAAAACAAAUCCAACCUCAUCCACAUGCUAAUGGGUAUUUCUUUUCAAAUAUGCUCAACUAAAAAUUCAACACUGGAACCUGUGCCUGUCAUUUAUGUGAAUCCUUUUGGGGGCAGCCACUCAGAAAGCUGGUUCAUGCCUGUGAAUCAGCCUGAAUUCUCUGACUGGGAGAGAACUAGACUGGACAGCAUUCCCAAUGCACAGUGUUACAACUGGACACUGUCACUGGGAAAUAAGUGGAAGUCUUUCUUUGAAACAGUACACAUCUACCUACGGAGCCGCAUAGUCACAGACGAUCCAACGGUGAAUGAAACUCUCUUUUAUGAACCCUUGGAUUUGGAUGAUCAGACGUCAAACAUGGGCUACAUGAAGAUCAACACUCUUAAAGUCUUUGGAUAUAGCAUGCACUUUGACCCUGAAGGCAUUAAGGAUGUUAUUCUCCAACUCGACUACCCCUACACACAGGGCACACAGGACGCAGCCUUUCUGAUGUUGCUGGAGAUGAGAGAUCGGAUUAACCGUCUGUCUCCACCAGCGCCGCAGCCACUUGACCUGUUUUCUUGUCUGCUGCGCCACCGUCUCAAGCUGUCUGCAGGAGAGGUGGCACGAAUCAAGGAUUCUCUGCAGAUCUUCAACUCCAAGCUCCCUAAUGCUUUUCCCGAACCUGACCUGGCCCAGCUUUGCAGCUAGCUAGAUUAGCACUCUUGGUUCAGGAGUUUUACUACACCCAGAGUGAAGUUGAUGCUUCAUGGACAGUCCUAGUUUGAUGAACCAACUCUGAAAUCUACAUGCUGGGCCUUUCUAUUCCUCAUUUUUUGUUCGUUGGUAGGUGCAGCUUUAUCCUUCUUCAGAGACUCUGCUUUGCCAACUGAAUGGAGUACUUUUGCUAUUACUGCCAUGCAUUUGGCGAGCUCUCUGACCAGACCAGGUCAAGAAUCGUAUCUAUUCUCAAAAGUAUUUUUCUGGUUUGGAACUGCAGAAAUAAUCUCUGUUAAGAUCUGAUCUUUUAAGAGGAACUUUGGAGUGGUGUUGGAAAAAUUAGUCAAAAGAAGAGGACUUUCAUUUUAUAACUAUUUUCUUCAGAAACAGAACAAUUGGGUUGGAGGUGGUGGGUGGUAAUAUUAUCCAUGUGGUGAAUAAGUUAUGUUAUGCUUAACAGUUUGAAAUUUGAUAAUCCUGGCCCCUGCUGAUGUCUUUGAGUAUUCCUUUUUAAUCCACAUCUUCCAUUUUAUCUGGCAUUUUAAAACGUAUAUCUAUUCUUAACAUCCAAAUGAGAAGCUUGUUAGUGAUGUUCUGUUCAUGGUGGUGUGUCUGUGCCAAAGGCAGAUGAACACAUUGGCAAUCUGGGUGGAAAAAAAACAUUGGCAUAUGCUGUCUUUUCUUACUCGUUUAACCUGAAAAUACAAGAAUGAAAUCAAAUAACGAGAUGACAAGGAGGUCUGUGGAUGUAUUGCUGUAAAUAAUGCUCCAUUUAAUUCAAGAUUGUGGACAAGUGCACAUUGCUUUCUAGAUAACUGAGUAAAAAGACCAAAAAAAUGUUUAUAACAAAACAGACUCAUGCCUUAUAUGGAAAGUUAAUAUUAAAACAAGAAGCACAUUUAAUUUCUGUGUUUGGUUUUGAAGCAAAGGUUCUUUGGCUUUUUAUAUUUCUACAAGGACAGAACAACAGACACAAUCUCCGGAGUAUGUGAUAAUGUAGAUUUUCUAUGUACAGCAAAUGCCAGUCACAUUUUCUGCUCUUGUUUUGAUUCAGUGUUGUGGAAAAAUUUAAAACCUUUCACAGUGCCCACCAGUACUUGCACUAUGUAACUGUUCUGCAAAAUCUCCAGUUAUACAAAAUCUCUGUAACUGAUGGAUCUUUUUUGGCUUUUAAUAUGGUUUUAAAAGUUUUUAACAGUUUGGUUUAGUCUCAUGUUUUUAAGUCAUUAUUUACUUUUAUUUUUUUAAUCUAGCUUUUUUUAUUCUCUCUUUUUAUGUGGCUCAAAAUUCUGCAGCAGUUAUCACAGCAAAUGCACGGUCAAAAAGUUUAUCUCGGGCAGUAAGGGUCCUCUUCAGAGUUGCAAGUAAGACACUUGAUAUGAUGAUACAUUUACUUUACCAUUUACUCACUGGAGGUCAGUAUACUGUAUGUCAUUUUCAACUGUUUUGUGCUCAGCUUGCUAAAGUAAAAGCAAAGUGUUUUAUCUA